AUGACCAGCGGAUCACAACCCCGCCGCCAGCUGGAGUGGUGGCUUCAGAAUAACGUGGAAGCUGGACCUGAUGGUGACGUCCUGACCAUCAAUGAUGUCCGUCUCCGUAACCAGGCGGGUAUCGCUGCAUCUCCACAGCCAAUGCUCGGGAGAGAAAGACGAACCACGGCCUCCCUGACCAUCAGACUACAUCUGUACACACACACACACACAUCUGGGCUUCAGCUUGUUGGCCUCGUGCAGCUGGAGGUGGACUCGCCUCCGUACGCCACCACACUGACGGAUGAGACUGUGGCUGGUCCCGGCGACGCUCUGCGUCUGCAGUGUCUCGCUCACGGCACUCAUCCAAUCCGCUUCCGCUGGACGCGUGUGGGCGGAGCCUCUAUGUCACCGGGGGCGGAGACCACCAAAGACGGCCUGCUGAAGAUCGCGCAGCUCAAAGUAUCGGACAGCGGCACGUAUAAGUGCGUGGCGACCAAUCACGUGGGCUCCAGUGAAGCGCUGGCCAAAGUCACUGUGAGAGCUUAAUUACAGACCUGCUGAUUAUAGAAAUCUGCCCGCUAAUUAUGAGGACAUUAGAGACUUCAGACCUACAAGACGAUGAAGAGACCAAAUGUGAAGUUUUGCAUAUGGUGUUCAAAACAUCUGAAAACAUGUUUUGUUUGUUUAUAUUCUGACAUUUUGAAUAUUUCUGUAAUGGCACGAUGGAAAGAUGCUUUCAAUUUGGCAUUCAAGUCAGAUAAACACAUAAUAAAGUUAAUAAUAAUG